AUGCCAAUUAUUGGCAUUAAAAAGUCCGUAAUUGAUCGUUAUAUGGGCAAAGUUUAUACUGAAAAUGAAUUCGGGAAUCUAUUAUUCGAUUAUGGCUUAGAGCUUGAUGAAGUGACAAGUGAAAAAGUUGCUGAUCAAAAAGAAAAAGGCAUAGCAGUAAAUGAAGAUAAUGCAGAAAAUUUAUGUGAUGAUGAAGUUUAUAAAAUUGAGUUACCUGCCAAUCGAUACGAUUUGCUUUGCGUUGAAGGUCUUACUCGAGCUUUACGAAUAUUUAAGAAUGAAAUGGAAACACCAAUCUAUAAGCUAUUAGGACGAUCUCGUCACAAGAUAAUAAUUAAACCUGAAGUUCUCACGAUUCGUCCGUUCGUCGUUGCGGCUGUUCUUAUUGAUGUUAGAUUGGAUGCAGAUUCAUAUACAUCACUGGUAGAUUUACAAGACAAACUACAUCAAAAUAUAUGCCGAAAAAGAACAUUGGUAGCUAUUGGUACUCAUGAUUUGGAUACGGUGCAAGGGCCAUUCUAUUAUGGAGCAGAAAAGCCCACUGACUUGCGUUUCAAACCGUUAAAUGGUGCAGCGGAAUAUACUGCGGAGGAAUUGAUGGUUAUGUAUUCGACUGAUAGCCAUUUAAAAUCAUAUCUUCCCAUAAUUAUCAACGAAAAGAGAUAUCCUGUGAUUCGGGAUACAAACGGAGUUGUAUUAUCUAUGCCACCCAUUAUUAAUGGCGACCACUCGAAGAUCAAGCUCAGCACUCGCAAUAUAUUAGUUGAAGUAACUGCAACAGAUUUGGAAAAAGCCAAAAUAGUACUGAAUACGAUUGUAGCAAUGUUCAGUCAGUAUACAUCUUCUGAAACUGGAAAUGGGACUUCGUUCAUCAUCGAACCAGUAGAAAUUAUUACAGCUGUUGGCAGUAGUCAUCAUUAUCCUGAUUUUCGUGAGAGGAUAAUUAAAGCGAACGUUGGAACUAUCAAUAGUAGAGUUGGGUUGAAUCUGAAAGCCGAGGAAAUGUGUGCAUUGCUGAAGAGAAUGUCUCUUAAGACGAAGGUUGGUUCGGCUGAAAACUGCUGCGAUGUUUUAGAAGUGCAUGUACCAAUAACGCGAACUGAUAUAUUGCAUGAAUGUGAUGUAGCCGAAGAUGUUGCUAUUGCUUAUGGUUUCAACCAAAUUGCACACCAGUUUCCAGAAACAUAUACUAUUGGAGAACCAUUUCCAUUGAAUAAACUGACGGACUUGUUGAGAUAUGAUGUAGCUGCUGCAGGAUGGACUGAAACAUUAAAUUUUGCAUUGUGUAGUCGAGACGUUAUAUCUGUAAAGUUGAGAAAGCCAAAUGCUCUUAAGAAUGCUGUCAAGAUAUUGAAUCCGAAGACAUCUGAGUUUCAAGCAGCCCGAACAUCUUUACUUCCUGGUUUAUUAAAGACGCUUGCAUCAAAUAAGGAUAUGCCUCUACCUCUUCGAUUAUUUGAGAUCCAAGAUGUAAUUUUAAAAGAUUCAUAUGCAGAUAUAGGGGCGAGAAAUGAAAGGCGUUUAUGUGCUGUAUAUUGCAGUAAGAGCUCAGGCUUUGAAAUUAUGCAUGGUUUGUUAGAUCGAAUAAUGCAGCUCACUGAGGUUAAGUGGAAUAAUGAUGGAACUGGGUAUUUUAUUGUUGCUUGUGAUGAUCCAACUUAUCUGAAUGGAAGAUGUGCAGCAGUCGUUGGUCCAGGUGGAAUGUGCUUAGGUACAGUUGGUGUUUUGCAUCCAGAUGUGAUAACUAAUUUUGGACUUACUACACCCAUUUCAAAAACUACGUGGACAAUGUACUCGGAUUGUUUGCUGAUUAUAUUUAUUGCAAUAUGUACCGCAGUAAUCGGUGAAGCCUUAACAUAUAUACUUGUUUAUCGUAGUGAUCAAUACAAGCGUCUGAAAAAUGAAAUGGAACGAAAGACUAAGAAGCUGGAACGGAAAAAGGAGACAACGGCUGAAGCUGAUCGAACAGCAAAACGCAAAAUCGAGCGAGAAGAGGAGAGACUAAAGGCAACAAAUCGUGAUAUGAGUAUGUUUAAGAUGAAAAGUAUGCUUGCAAUUGGUUUUGCAUUCACUACGUUGCUGUCGACAUUUUCUUCAAUAUUUGAGGGUCGAGUGGUUGCCAAACUACCAUUUACACCUAUUUCUUGGAUUCAGGGACUCUCACAUAGGAACCUUGUGGGGAAUGAUUAUACUGACUGUUCAUUUAUUUUUUUUUAUAUACUUUGUACCAUGUCAAUAAGACAAAAUCUACAAAAGAUGCUCGGUUUUGCACCAUCUCGUGCAAUGAAUCGGCAAUCGCAGCCUAAUAUUUUUGGCACUUCAACAUCAUCAACAAAUAAUUUCAGUUAUCUUCGGUAGGC